AACCAUAUUGAUAUCUACCUACGACAUCUUUGUGUCAGCGACCUUUCUACGUUCAUCUCUUUGUCUAGUGAUUUUUGAGCAAUGGCAGCUAUCCAGAAUCUUCAGGCAUAUGAUCCGUUUGCUGACGCUGCAGCGGACACGUCGGAUAGCAAGGGUGUACAGAGCGGUCACAUUCACAUCCGUAUUCAACAGCGGAACGGUCGCAAGACAUUGACGACUGUCCAAGGAAUCUCAGACGAUUACGACAAGAAGAAGCUCGUCAGAUAUGCGAAACGAGAAUUUGCUUGCAAUGGGACGGUUGUGGAGCAUCCUGAAUAUGGAGAAGUGCUUCAGUUUCAGGGUGAUCAGCGAAACAACAUCGCAACUUUUUUGACAAGAAUUGGACUGUGCACUGAAGAGCAAUUGAAAAUGCACGGAUUUUAGAAACAGCUAUUUUUUGUUGUUCAUGUAUUAGCAUAUCGAGGUGUCCAACAGAAAUAUUACGAUACUGUAGUAAUAAUACAAUAAUCCAUGUGUGAUUACCGUAUGGUGUUUGGUUGAUUGCUAGAAUAGUCAAUGACAAGAAUAAUAUUUGAUUUGA